GUGUCGGUCGCACUGAAUUUUAAACGAAACUUCUGUCUUCCUUAAUUUAGUUCAUAACACGCUCGCAAUGCGUCUGCUUAAUUACUUGUCCUGCGUAUUAAUAAUUGUCGCACUUUAUGGUGCACGCGUUACAAUCGCUAUAUUAGCAGCCGAAGAUAGAGCUAAUGCCACACCCGGUACGGAUACUUUUCUAGCUACGCCAACUCGUGAAAAUAUCGAAAGCACCCCGCGUCCCAGCGACACUGCCUAUAAAGCGGCAAACUGUCUCACCAAUUCAUUAAACUCGGACUCAAUUUAUUGUCGUGGGUCUCGCGCCUUUCGCAACGUAAUUAAGAAUUUAAAUCGACGUGAUAAACCGUUGGUGUUGAUGCGUGGUCUAGAAAUCGUACCAAUUGAGCAAGUUUCAAACGGUGUAGCCGCGGAGCCUGCCUUGGAGAGUGAUGACACCUUUUUGGGCUAUGUCUCGGAUUAUUUGCGCAGUCAUGAAUUGAAUAUUAAAUUCGCCGAUUUACUAGCCGACGAAAGUGAACGUUAUUUGUCAUACGAUAUGGAGCGAAACGCUAAAGGGGAUGGUGUUCAAGAAGCGCGCAAGAAAGACAAAGGACAAGGUGUGAUCUUGGCCAUGGCGCUGAUGUUUGGCAAGAUGAUGGCAGUCAUGAGCUUGGGCGGCAUUGGAGCAAUGGCUUUGAAGGCGCUCGGGGUGGCGAUGACUGCUCUUAUGUUGGCCGGUCUUAUGGGCAUGAAGUCUCUAAUGCAUGGUGGUCAUGAAAGCAGUCACAGUGUGCAGUAUCUCAGCGGCGGAGAAGGCCAUCAUCACAUGCGCCGCCGACGCAGCAGUUAUGAUCCGUUACGAUUGCCCUAUCGCGGCUGGCAUCAAAAGCUCGCUGAGUAAAUGUAAAUUAAAAUCAAUGAAUACAUUUUAAGUAAUUACCAUAUAUGUAUGUUUAUAUAAAAACAUAGAACA